UGGUGGUUGCUUUUAGCAGAUCUCUUGGCCUGACACCACGCAGAACUGAGUGCCUUAGUUUACUGGAAGGAAGAGCAGAAACAAGGGGGAAGGGGCCACUCCAUCCCACCACACCUGCCGGGCCUCUGCUUCCCAGCCAGCUGCUUGACACCCUGGGGCGAAGGCAGGAGAGGAGCGGGGAGCCUGCCCAAGGUUGCGUGUCCAGGAGAGGUGCUUUAGGAUUAGAACACCCAGCGCCUGAAGUUCAGACCCUGAAACUGCCUCCUGAUCUGUAUCAUUAGAAGGACCCCAUGGCAAUGGAUUGGUGGAGGGACAAUUUUUGGCUCAUCUUGGCUGUGGCCAUCAUCUUUGUCUCCGCGGGCUUGGGCAUCAUCCUGUUCUGUGUCUGUAGGCGUCUGCUUAGACAAGGCAACAAAUGGGCAGUUGCCAAGCCCUUGAAGCAACAGCAGAGGGAUGAAGAAAAGACGUAUGAGAAUGUUACCGACCAGUUCUCAGUUCAGUUACCCCCUCUGCCACCCAGGGGUAUGCUUUCUCCAGAAAAAACCUCCCCACAGGAAACCCCAAGUCUGCCACCAGCCGCCUACUCAUCGGUAAAUAAAGUUCGAAAUAAGAAGAUAGUUGCCGUCCCGAGCUACGUGGAGCCUGAGAAUGACUAUGAUGACGUCGAUGUCCCUGCCAGGAUGGAAAGUCAUCAUCUUGAAACAGCCAUUUCUUCUUUUUGGCAAGCGGAAGAGGGUUCCCACAACUUGUUUUAAAACCAAGAAUGGUUGACCAUCAGUAGGUAUCUGGGUCCCGAAAGCCCGGGGUCGUGUCCUGGAGCUCUGUAAGAUAAGCACUCUGGACUCUGAAGAAGCGUCUGCGAUGAGAUGAUUGCAGCCCGAGGAAAGACGCCCAGGCUCAGCCCCUGAGGAUGGAGCUGAGACAGGCCUUGAGCUUCUGCGGAGCGAGGUUCCAAGCGGGGGACCCCUGAGUUGCGCGACCCCCACCGGGAAGAAAGCCCCUCAGUGCCCGGCUCUCUGAUCCCUUUCUUUCCCCUUUCAUGUGGUUCUAAGAGGUCUGGGCGUUGACUGUGCAGAGCCUCCGAGCUCCCAUCCCCAGCACAGCCCCCAUCAAACAGGUGUCUUGCCCACACCAUCCCCACCCACCUGACCCAGAGGGGGGCCGUGGGUGGUCGUUACAGCUGAGCGCGCUCGGGUGCGUCAUGCCUUGUGCGUUCUUCAAGGGCACAGGGAUGCUUUCCGUUCUUGAGAACCCUCCCCACCCACACCCCAACCCCGCCCAAAGCCCAGGGCCUCUCUGUGACGGCAGCCAAGCUGACCACAGAGAUCCGAGUUCUCAUCUGGGGUUUUUCCUGUGCUUCCUGGCUGCGCCCUCACAAUCAGCAAAAGACAGAGGUCACCUUCUGGACCAAAGGACAGAACUUAUCCGUAAAGGUGUUAUUUUGCAAUAUGUGUAUUGGGGGAGCAACAGGGAAAUUGGGUUUCCCUGGAAAAAAUCAUGGGGAACAGGAAGGAAGCGGGUGAUUAAAUGGCAGAGUCCAGAUGAGAGUUGGGGGGAAUGAUACCCUCCUCAUAAUUUUCAUUACUGCUUCUUCCUUGGGUAGAGUUCUAGGCAAACAGCCGCAGGCCCCUCCCUGCCAGCUCCCUGUCCCUGAGCCACGGCUCUGAGUGCCAAGGGCUGCAGCUAAGGAGAUGGGGGCGGGGGCUGCUCUUCUGGUAAAUAAGUACCCCAGUGGGGUCACCGAGGCCCGAGUCAGCUUUUUGCCUCCAGAACCUCAUCAGCCCCUUCAAGUUGGUCGGCUAGAGCCCAAGGAGGACUUCGCACGUGCUAAGGAGACUCAGAAGAUGCUGACGUCUAAUCCCCAGGAAGCUUGUGGGGAGAGCACCACGACCUGUGAGACAGCCCAGCAGUGACGCUUGGCCUGAGCUCCUCCUCAAGGGAUGGACAGUGUGUUCCUGCCACAGUCAAGCUUCCUCCCCCGACCACUGCUGGACCCAUGGGGACACGCGCUUCCUCCCCCACGCUCUCUUUCUAGACUCCUGGAGACUUCCAGCUUCCCAGCAUACUGCCUUCUUUCGGGCCAGUGGUUCUCCAGCUAUGGCCUUAGGGAACUUUGGUAUUUGGUGAGGCAAAGAGAGGACUCAUUUCUUAAAUUGUAGAGAGAGAGGGAAAAAAAAAAAAAAAAAAAAGAAGGCUAAAGGAGAGAAGUGUUUCUCACACGUGUGCUUUCCUCUUAUACAUUUUCUGUGAACCACCCGCAUCUAUGACAAUAAAAGCAAAGACCAGGGCCACGUGAACGUCUCCUUGGUUUCUGGGCCAUCUCCUGGUU